CACAACAUCCGAUACAGAAAAAACACAACCUUCUAAACCGGUAGAUAAACUAGAGAAAAAAGAGUUGAAAGAACCAGAAAAGCCAAUUGAUAAAACCGAUGACAAAAAAUCAAUUGAAUUAGAAAAAUCCCAACCAUCAAAACCAAUGGAUAAACAGGAGGAUAAAAAGUUGAAAGAACCAGAAAAACCGAUCGAUAAAUCGGAAGAUAUUAAAGCAUCAAAGGAACCAGAAAAUCUGCAAUCAUCAAAACCUGCGGAUAAAACUGAAGAAAAAGAUUCAAAAGAAAAGAAAAAGCCUGAAGAAAGUGAAAAAUCAAAAGUUAAAUUUACGGAUGAAAAAUUAUCGAAAACAAUUGAUAAACUUGAAGACAAAAUGUUAAAAGAACCAGAAAAACCAUCUGAAAAACUUGAGGGAAAAGAGUUGAAAGAAUCAGAAAGACCAUUGAAACCGAUUGAAGAUAAAGAAUCAAAGGAACCAUUAAUGCCAACAGAUCAAACUGAAGAAAAAGUUGAACCAAAAGACAAAGUAACUAAGCCUAAAGAUGAAUCAAAGAAACCUGUUGAAGUAACUAAGCAACCAGAGGGUAAAACAUCCGAUCCAGAAAAAACGCAAUCAACGAAACCUUUGGAAAGACAUGAAGACAGAAAGUCAAAGGAAUCAAAAAUUGAUAUACUCGAAGAAAAGAUGGAACCAAAAGACAAAGUAGCUAAGUGCAAAGAUGAAUCAACGAAACCAGAUGAUCAAGUAAAACCUGAAUCAAAAGAUAAGCCUAAAGAUGAAUUGAAAAAAUCUGAUGUUCAAAUCAAAUCGGAUGAUGUAACCAAAGAACCGAUGGGAAAAUCAUCUCAUCCAGAAAAAACACAACAAUCAAAGCCAACUGAUAAAUCUGAUGAUGAAAAGUUGAAAUCUUUGGAAAAUGAAGCAACAAAACGGAUGGAUAAAACAGAAGAUAAAUUAUUGAAGGAACCAGAAAAGCCAAUUGAUAAAAUCGAAGAUAAAAAAUCAAAAGAACCUGAAAAACCAAUGGAUAAACUUGAGGAUAAAAAACCAAAGGAACCAGAAAAACCAAUGGAUAAAUCCGGAGAUAAAAAAUUGAAAGAACCAGAAAAACCAAUGGAUAAACAAGAAGACAAAAAGUUGAAAGAACCAGAAAAACCAACGGAUAAAUCGGAAGACAAAAAAUUGAAAGAACCAGAAAAACCAAUGGAUAAAUCGGAUGACAAAAAGCCAAAGGAAUCAGAAAAGACGCAACCAGAAAAACCAAUGGAUAAACUUGUGGAUAAAAAAUUGAAAGAACCAGAAAAACCAAUGGAUAAAUUGGAUGACAAAAAGCCAAUGGAUAAAUCCGAAGAUAAAAAAUUGAAAGAACCAUUGAAGCCAACGGACAAACAAGAAGACAAAAAGUUGAAAGAACCAGAAAAACCAAUGGAUAAAUCGGAAGACAAAAAGUUAAAAGAAAAAGAAAAACCAAUUGAUAAAUCCGAAGUUGAAAAAUUGAAAGAACCAGAAAAACCACAAAAAACAAUACCGAUUGAUAAAUCUGAAGACAAAAAAUUGAAAGAACCAGAA